AUGUCUGGGGGUGUAGUCGACAGUUUCAAGCGCGUUGCCGUGAUAGCACUUGCUACGGUAGCGCUUCUUCUUUCACCUGGGGAUGCCUUCGCAGCCAAGAGCGGAGGGAGAGUAGCAGGAUCGGGUUUCCGCGCAGGAGCAGCGGCAAGAAGCUCAAUGAAGGCGUCAGUGAGGUCUUCGAUGAAGUCUUCUGCGCAGAGACAGAUAGGUCUAUCUCCCUUUGGCGUGAGGCCGUUCUUCUACGGCCCCCUUCUCACCGACGUCGUUGUCAUCGGAGGGGUCGCCUACGCCGGUGCGAUGGCGUACAACAUGUUUGAGAAUGCGCGGCAAGGGAGGACGUCGGGUAUCAACAUCGCCAAGGUCCAAGUGGCGGUGUGCUGUGACAAUAGAGGGCCAAAUUCUCUCCUGGGUACAGUAGCAAGGCUGGCUCGAGAUUGCGACAGCAGAUCGCAGAGGAGCAUGGCGAGCCUUGUGUCUGAUGUGUCGCUCGCGCUCCUCCGGCGAGAAGUCGAUUGGGUGUCAGCAGCCGUUGAGACGAAAACCGUCAAGGAUAUCACUGAGGGAGAGAACAUCUUCUCGCAGAUGUCCUUCACGGAGCGUGCAAAGGUGGAGAGGGAGACUUUCAACCUGGUUGCGGGGAAGGACAAGUCGGAAGCAAGGAGCUCGGAGACAAAGCUCGAGGACAUCGGCAAGAGCACCAUGGCUGUGAUCACCAUGGUUGUCGCCAUGGAGGGUAAGAAGCUUCCCGAGAUCCGGGACAGUAAGAGUCUCAAGGAGGCUCUCAUGUCGCUGGGAACAGAAGCUCUGAAUGAGGACUCGCUCGUUGCUGCUGAGCUGCUCUGGGUGCCGGAGGAGCCAUGGGAGUCGCUCACGGCGGAUGACGUCAUCCUCGAGUAUCCCAACCUGCUGUCGCUCUAG